AUUUUAUCCGAUGCUCAAUUCUCAGUCUAGUAUUAUCUUUGGGUCGUGAAUAGUGUUACUCUUGGCGAGCAUCAUGAAUCGCGGCGUUUUGUUAGCGUUCUGCGUAGUUAAGAUUGCCAUCAUCAUUGCAGACGUUACUCCUCGGCGUGACGCUGAGUAUCCGCCUCCGGAGUUCGUUGUUGCAAUGAAACCUCUUCACGAUAUAUGUGUGGGGAAAACCGGAGUGACAGACGAGGCCAUCAAGGAGUUCAGCGACGGUCAAAUUCACGAGGAUGAGAAACUCAAGUGCUACAUGAACUGUCUCUUCCACGAGGCGAGAGUCGUCGAUGAUGAGGGCAAUGUGCACCUGGAGAAGCUGCACGAUUCGCUACCGAAUUCAAUGCACGACAUCGCGCUCCAUAUGGGAAAACGCUGUCUUUAUCCGGAGGGAGAAAACAUGUGCGAAAAAGCCUUCUGGUUGCAUAAAUGCUGGAAGCAAGCUGAUCCAAAGCAUUACUUCCUCGUUUAAAAUUUGAGAGCGGAGACUGACUGAGGAAUAUUCGUUCUGCGUGCUUUUGCGGUUGAAGAUCGACACAAUUCAUCACUUAAAAAUGAAGCAGCAGAAUGAUGCCAGCGCAGCGUAACUCAGUUCGGACCACGUUAAAUCUGCACGUAGUUGUGACUAACAAUCUAAAUUUAGUUUAUAUGAAAUUGUAACUAACCUGAAGCAUAAUGAAAAUCAAAUAAAAAAAUCUAACAGAACGAAACAAA